AGGAGGGGAGCGGAGCUGGGCGCCGCCGGAGCUGCGGGGGGAGCGCUCGCUGGCUGGCUGGCUCGCCGCUGCCGCUGCCGCUGCGCUGCGCUCCGGCUGUUCGCCGCGGCCCGUGGAUGGGGGUGUCCGGCUGAGCCCCGGGAUCCCGCCUCCCUCCGCCAGGACCCGCACAGGAAAACGAAUUCUGAAAGUUGCUGUAGUUGUACUGUGGUGCAAGAAUGGAGGCCCCACUGGUGAGUUUGGACGAAGAGUUUGAGGACCUUCGGCCCUGCUGCUCGGAGGACCCAGAAGAGAAGCCUCAGAGUUUCUAUGGUUCAUCUCCCCACCAUCUAGAGGACCCCUCCCUCUCUGAGCUUGAGAAUUUUUCUUCUGAAAUAAUCAGCUUCAAGUCGAUGGAGGACCUCGUGAAUGAAUUUGAUGAGAAGCUCAAUGUCUGCUUUAGGAACUAUAAUGCCAAGACCGAAAACCUAGCUCCUGUGAAGAACCAGUUCCAGAUCCAAGAGGAGGAGGAGACCCUUCAGGAUGAGGAGGUUUGGGAUGCUCUGACAGACAAUUACAUCCCUUCACUCUCAGAAGACUGGAGAGACCCAAACAUCGAGGCUCUGAAUGGCAACAGCUCUGAUACUGAGAUUCAUGAGAAGGAAGAGGAAGAGUUCAAUGAGAAGAGUGAAAAUGAUUCUGGUAUCAAUGAGGAGCCUCUACUCACAGCAGAUCAGGUAAUUGAGGAGAUUGAGGAAAUGAUGCAGAACUCCCCAGACCCUGAGGAGGAAGAGGAGGCUCUGGAAGAAGAGGAUGGAGGAGAAACCUCAUCCCAGGCAGACUCUGUCCUGCUGCAGGAGAUGCAGGCCUUGACACAGACCUUCAACAACAACUGGUCCUAUGAAGGGCUGAGGCACAUGUCUGGGUCUGAGCUGAAUGAGCUGCUGGACCAGGUGGAAGGUGCCAUCCGUGAUUUCUCUGAGGAGCUGGUGCACCAGCUGGCCCGCCGGGACGAGCUGGAGUUUGAGAAGGAAGUGAAGAACUCCUUCAUCACGGUGCUCAUCGAAGUUCAGAACAAGCAGAAGGAGCAACGAGAACUGAUGAAAAAGAGGCGGAAAGAGAAAGGACUAAGCCUGCAGAGUAGCCGAAUAGAGAAGGGAACCCAGAUGCCUCUCAAGCGCUUCAGCAUGGAAGGCAUCUCCAACAUCCUGCAGAGCAGCAUCCGCCAGACCUUUGGCUCUUCAGGAACCGACAAACAGUAUCUUAAUACAGUCAUCCCUUAUGAGAAGAAAGCCUCUCCUCCCUCCGUGGAAGACCUGCAGAUGCUGACAAACAUUCUCUUUGCCAUGAAGGAGGAUAAUGAGAAGGUGCCUACUUUGCUAACGGAUUACAUUUUAAAAGUGCUCUGUCCUACCUAACCUUGCCUUUGGAGCAGCCUGGUUGCAGGAGGUCACUGAGCAAGAGUCAUUCCAUCACGGGGACUGCAUGACACCACGUAACCUCCGACGUGUAUUUAAACGUGUAUAGCUUAACCUGGAUUAAACAUGAGCAAUCGCGCGGGUCCUUUGCCGUUGGCUUCUAGUGCUAGCAAUCAUUGGAUGCAUGAUCAGGGCGCAGGGCCGGUGAUGUCGCCUCCUCUCCGCCUAUGUCGGGGAAGGCAGAUGCUCUCACCGCUCAUUAUGUAGACUGGCUCCAGCCCUUAAAAACAGCUUAUACUCUUAAGACUAAUUUUGAAAUAAACCUUCAUUUAAUUAAUAUUCUUCUUUAUGUGCUUUGGAGUGUGG